AUUGUCACGGCAGAUUUGUUACCUCACUUUUACAAAUAUGUUUGGAGUAAAGUUGUGUGUUUUGUUCUGUUUAUUUUUGUGUCCACUUGCUUAUGUACUAAGAAAUGACGACGAAGGGGAACUACUAUUGGUUUCAGUAAUUUUUAGGCAUGGAGCAAGAACAACUUAUUCCUUUUACCCCAACGAUCCUUACAAAAAUGAAACAUUUUAUCCUUUUGGUAAAGGACACCUUACAAAUGAAGGAAAAUUGGGUGAGUACAAAUUGGGAAGAUACCUAAAAUCCUUAUAUGGCGAAUUCCUCGGUGAAGAUUAUACCGAAGGAAAGGUCUACGUAAGAAGUACUGAUGUGACAAGAACUAAGAUGAGUGCUCAGCUGGUGUUAGCUGGGUUGUUUCCACCCAGCCAAUCACUUGUGUGGAAUGAAAACCUACUAUGGUUACCUAUUCCUGUAUCUUACAAACCUGAUUCAGAAGAAGAUUUAUUUCACCCUCUAUCGAACUGUCCUUACAAAAUAAAGGUACUAAGUGAACUGUCAACCAUUCCUAAGGUGCAAGAAAUAUUCAUAGAGCCUUUCCAGGAGAUUUACGAAUACAUAGAAACUAACUCUGGAAAAUCAAUGAAGCAACCGUCAGACAUGCAAGACAUUUUCUUCAUCUUGAAAUGUGAGGCAGACAUGAACUACACCCUUCCUGAUUGGACACAAGAGGUAUAUCCUGCAAAAGUGGAAACAGCCGCUUCUUACGUAUACGCUUACCACAAUUAUGAUUCUGUCGUAAAACAGAUCAAUUCUGGUUACCUGCUGAAGAAAAUUCUGGACGACAGUGACGCUAAAAUUAGCAACGCAGCUAGUGAGAGAAAGAUAUACUUGUAUUCUGGCCACGAGUCUACUGUAGGGUACAUGCUGGAUGCUCUGGGAGUUCAAAAUAAAACGGUUAUUCCAGCUUACGGCAGCGCUAUAUCCUUUGAACUUAGGAAGUUGGAAGAUGAAUAUUAUAUAAGGAUGAGGUAUCGUAGUGACCCAGAAGCCACAACUUCCGAAGACUUAAACAUCCCAGGGUGCGCAGUGAUGUGUCCUGUAGACAGUUUUAAAUCGAUCCUUUCAAAUAUUUUGCCUUCCAAAACUAUACAAGAGGCUUGUAAAGUAUAAAACACCUAAUUUCAUCAGUUAAUUUACGUGGAAUGUGUACAAAAAUCAAUAAAUUUAUCUCAUAGAUAAAAGUAAA